AUGUCGGACUCCAACCAGCCGUCUACGUACCGCGCCGUUGGCGUCGUGCUCGCCAUAGGUUCUGGCGUCCUCAUCGGCUCGUCCUUCGUCUUCAAGAAGAAGGGUCUCCUGGCGUCGCAGAAGGGUCAUGUCGCCGGCGAAGGUGUCGCUUAUCUCAAGUCGCCUCUUUGGUGGACUGGAAUGAUCAUCAUGAUUCUCGGUGAGCUCUGCAACUUUGGCGCGUAUGCAUUCGUAGAGGCCAUUGUCGUCACUCCAAUGGGCGCUCUGUCGGUUGUCAUAUCCUCCAUUCUCUCGCACUUUAUUCUCAAGGAACGUCUGUCGCUGUUCGGCUGGAUAUCCUCCUUCCAGUGCCUCCUCGGUGCAUCCAUUCUUGCCAUCAACGCGCCGGACGAGCAGAGCGUAUCGACCAUCGAGGGUUUCAAGCACCUCUUCCUCGCACCAUGGUUCCUCGCGUAUGGAGGCGUGGUCAUCGCCGCCGCCGUCUUCCUCGCGGUGUACGCCGCGCCAAAAUGGGGCAAGAAGAGUAUGAUGCCCUAUCUGGGCGUUUGCAGCCUCAUUGGUGGCCUCAGUGUCAGUUGCACGCAAGGUCUGGGCGCAUGUAUUGUCACGUCCAUUCGAGGACAGAACCAGUUCAAGAACUGGUUUAUCUACUUCCUGCUUAUCUUUGUGGUCAUCACGUUGCUCACCGAGAUUUACUACCUGAAUGUGGCGCUAGCAAUGUUCAACACAGGCAAGUGCCCGUCUGAUGUGCACAUUGUGAAAUGUUCUAACCACUUUACGCCCACUUACUACGUGACCUUCACCUUCUGCACGUUGGUCACCUCAGUUAUCCUCUACCAAGGAUUGAAGGCCAGCGCCUCUGAGAUCAUCACAAUCGUGCUGGCAUUCGUCGUCAUCUGUACUGGUAUCGUCAUCCUGCAGAUGACCAAGGUCGAUCCAAGGAAACUAAGCAACGUUGAUGAACACACCACACUGCUCUUACAAGCAGCUCGCCAAGAGGCGGACCCGAACGUAGCCCACGAUGUCCAACUGGCCGCGGAGGCACCCGCGCACUCCAUUCACGAUGCACACGUUCUGUCCGACCAAGGCCAAGAUUCCACUCUUCCCGCACGCUCAACGGACGACCUCGAACUCGGCCGAGCGCAGUCCGACACUGAUGACGACUGGGAUUUCCUCGAGGAGAAGCGGGCCAUCGUCGCCCGUUCCGAAGAGCCAGGCAUCGACUCCCUGCGCAUGGGCGGUGGCCUCUUCGGGACGAUCAUCCGUGCACGCCGGCGCGCAACCGCGCUCUCCACCGCGAGCGCAUCGCGCAGCCAUCUUUCCAUCUCUGGGGCGGGAAGCAUGCACAGCGGAAACGGCACUGCGACCGUCCGCCGCCGCGACUCUCUUUCGCCUCCGCCGCGCGCCAACGGCGGCUCGUGGUUCCGCGCGUUCGCCCACGACCGCCGCCCCGAAUCGCGCUCGCCAGCCCACAGCCCAUCGGCGUUGCCGGACAGCCCGAUGUCCGGCUCGCCGCCGCCCUCCUCGAACGGCCUCCCAAGCCCCAGCCCCAGCGCAGGGAGCCUCGGGCUCGUCCACGGCGAGAGCACGAUCCGCGCGAAUGAGGAGGCGCGCACACGCCGUCCGAGCAUCCGCUUCCAGACCGGGACCGCGAGCGCGCCGGACGUGCAUGUGACGCUGCCAAUACCGACGACAUUGUCAAGGCCCAGCAUGGGUACGAGGGGCGCGGACGCCGGUGCGGCGCGCUCGAGAACGAUGCCGUCGACGUUCGUGGACGCGGAGCGCGUGGGCACAGAAGGCGUCAUGGACGAGAAGCCCGGGGAGGGCAAGUGA